UGAGACCGCCCAGCGGCUCCGGGAGAAGGGAUGGGGGGGGUGGGGGCGGGUGGUUGCCUGCGGGAGGCAGUUGCAGGUCAUGUGACCGGAAGGGCUCCUGACGGACGCCGUCCCUCCUCGGCGCGGCCUGAGCGCCCGGCCUGACCCCGGCCAUGGGGUGCUGCUACAGCAGCGAGAACGAGGACUCGGACCAGGACCGAGAGGAGCGGAAGCUGCUGCUGGACCCUAGCAGCCCCCCUACCAAAGCUCUCAAUGGAGCCGAGCCCAACUACCACAGCCUGCCUUCCGCUCGCACUGAUGAGCAGGCCCUACUCUCUUCCAUCCUUGCCAAGACAGCCAGCAACAUCAUUGAUGUAUCUGCUGCAGACUCACAGGGCAUGGAGCAGCAUGAGUACAUGGACCGUGCCAGGCAGUACAGCACCCGCUUGGCUGUGCUGAGCAGCAGCCUGACCCAUUGGAAGAAGCUGCCACCGCUGCCGUCUCUUACCAGCCAGCCUCACCAAGUGCUGGCCAGUGAGCCCAUCCCAUUCUCUGAUUUGCAGCAGUGCCAUGAGAACAUGACUGAUCUGCUGAAGGGUUAUGAGAUGUGUAGGUGAGAGACAUGCGAAGGAGCCAGUGAUUCCAGCUGAAGCCAUCCUAGACUAACCCACAGUCAGCCUACUCCCAGUCAAGAUCAGGAGAGUCACCCAACCCACGGAUGACUGCCAACACAUGAGUAAGCCCAGCCAAACCAGAAGAACCAUCCAGCUGACUCUAAGACUUAGAAGCAAUAAUAAAUGUUUAUUAUCUUAAGCCACUGUGUUUUGGGAUGGUUUGUUACACAGCAAUAGCUAACUUCUGCAUGCCCCCACUGUACUUUGAACAAAAUUUUAUUUCAGCCUGUUUACUCAUCUGUGAAAUGGAGACAAACCCUACUUUUAGAACUAUUGUACAUCUGGCAUCAGGUGCUCAAUAAAUGGAAGCAGUUGUAUUCUUUGUUAAUUUCAUUAUAACCAACUUUGUUUACUCCCUAUAAGCUUGAGGACAGGGACAAGACUCAGACUUCUUUCUCCCUUCUCAUCAUUACCCCACAUUGAGCCUGGCAAAAAAAAAAAAAAAUGCAUAUUCACUAAAGGUUUGAUGGACAAAUGAAAAUGGAUGGACCAUGGAAAAAUGAAAGAAGAAAUGAAGGAAUUAAUGGAAUCUUCAAGGUAUCACAUAGAGAGCUUGACUGCUGGAGAGAACUGACAAAGCCUUGAUGCUGCCAUGCUUAAUCCUGUGGCUGUGUUUUUGGAGUCAGUCUUUCCCAUCUGCUAUUCUGACUUAUGACCAGGAGAUAAUCAGAUGCCAGCACCUUCAUCUGUCCAGACUGACUGACUUGAGGAAUGACACGGUUAGGGGAAUACCUGCCUUGUUUCGGAACUGGAAUUUCUCAUUUCCAAAUUGACAGUAUCUUUAACUGUUUUGUUUUUUAAUUGUAAAAGCUAAUAUGAUAGAUGAAUAAAGUGAAAUGACAUGGAGAAGAACA